AUGGGUAAAUUGAAGAGAAAGAAGUUGGCAAAUGCGCUUGAUCGCAUGCUCAAGAAAAACGAAAAGAGAAGAGUACAACAAGUCAAAGUAGAUGCUUACAACGACAACAUUGAAAGGGCCAAAAAGAAUCAAGUCAAGCCUAAAACACCCAAAACCGUGGAGAGAGUCCGUGUUCGUCCUCAGUACAGCUCUAAAGACAAAAUCCUGUUGAUUGGCGAGGGAAAUUUCUCAUUUGCUCGUUCCUUGUGCGAAAACUACUUGGACGAAGGCGCAGAGAACCUCACAGCUACAUGUUAUGAUUCCGAGAAAGUGUUGUAUGAAAAAUACGGUGAUGAAGCCAAGGACAAUAUUGCAUUUGUGCGUGAAUUCGGUGGCAUUGUGCUGUUUGAAGUGGAUGGAACUGACUUACCAAAGGAUGUCAAGAAGAAUCGAUAUACAAAGAUUGUGUUCAACUUUCCUCAUGCCGGUCUGGGUAUCAAGGAUCAAGAUCGCAAUAUUGUUGCAAACCAAAAGUUAUUGAACGGCUUCUUUGAUGCAGCUGAACCUCUCUUAACCACAGAAGCCCAAGACGACAUACCAGCCCACAAAUCGGAAAGCAGGCAAGUGGAGGAGAGUGUGGUGCCCGACGGCGAGAUCCAUGUUACCUUAAAGACAUGUACGCCUUACAACUUAUGGGGCGUCAAGAGUUUGGUCAAGGCAAAAGGUGUGCUGGCAGUUCGCGGCACAGCACCCUUUUUUGCAGAUGAUUUUCCUGGUUAUGAACAUCGCCGUACACUAGGAUUCAAGGAGGGAUUGAGCAAAGGUGCAAAUGCAGAGAUUCUAUCAUCGGAUCCCAAGAGAUACAUUUUUGUGAGAAAGGAGGUGAUGGACGCUGAAAAUGAAAAGGCCAUCAAGGGUGCUCAAAAGAGAAAAUUGGAGAUUUUAAAGAUUCAGAUGGGCAAGAAAGUGAAGAGAAAGAAGACGCAACAUUCCAAUUCGGAUGAUGAAGAGUAG